CCGCGCUGCUGUCUGAUUGGCGGCUGCGUUUCUUUGAGAGGCGGUCUGACCCGCAGCACUGACCGGGGGAAGUGAAACUGUCAAUGUCACAGGUUACUGGAUUAGCAACUGCUUCAUCCACUGAUAACACCGGCGAUAGAAGGAGAUAACCUCCUCCUGUAUGAAAACUUAAACCAGGAGCUUCGCAGCAGCUUCUUCACAUCGUUUCCAGGCAGCAUGAACUCCCUUCCAGGCAAAGCUGCGCUUUCUCUGUGCAGGCGCACGGCGUCGGCUAGCGGGCUGAGGAUCUUCGCCGGGUCACCGGGUCACACUACAGGGAUCCUGCCGGCGGACAGAGCCUCUUUCCAGGCUGUGCGGGUCUGCCACAACGGGAAGGGCAGCAAGGGCACCGUCAGCACUAAGAAACGAGGCUAUGACAUCACUAGAAACCCACAGCUCAAUAAGGGAAUGGCAUUCACCCUGGAGGAGCGUUUACAACUGGGCAUCCACGGUCUGCUGCCCCCUUGCUUCCUGUCCCAGGACGUGCAAGUCCUGCGUGUCAUGAAGAGCUAUGAAACACGCGUCAAUCCUCUGGACAAGUACAUCCUGCUGAUGACUCUGCAGGACAGAAACGAGAAGCUCUUCUACCGCUUGUUGACCUCCGACGUCGAGAAGUUCAUGCCCAUUGUUUACACUCCGACUGUCGGGUUGGCAUGUCAGCAGUACGGACUCGCCUUCAGGAGACCACGUGGACUCUUCAUAACCAUCCACGACAAAGGUCACAUUGCCACUAUGCUUAACUCCUGGCCAGAAGAGGACAUUAAGGCCAUCGUGGUGACAGACGGUGAGCGUAUCCUCGGUCUGGGAGACCUCGGCAGCUAUGGGAUGGGGAUUCCGGUCGGGAAACUGGCACUCUACACAGCGUGCGGCGGCGUUCAGCCGCAGCAGUGCCUCCCCGUGCUGCUCGACGUCGGCACUGACAACCAGGCGCUGCUCGAUGACCCGCUGUACAUCGGCCUGAAGCACAAGAGGAUCCGGGGGAAAGAGUACGAUGAUCUUAUCGAAGAGUUCAUGCAGGCAGUGACGGACAAGUACGGGAUGAACUGUCUGAUCCAGUUUGAGGACUUCGCCAACAGCAACGCCUUUCGCAUCCUCAACAAGUACAGGCACAAAUACUGCACCUUCAACGACGACAUCCAAGGCACAGCGUCGGUAGCUGUUGCCGGGGUCUUGGCUGCUUUAAAGAUCACCAAGAACCAACUGUUAGACCACACUUUUGUUUUCCAGGGAGCCGGUGAGGCUGCUCUGGGCAUCGCACACCUGCUUAUCAUGGCCAUGGCUAAAGAAGGGGUAUCCAAAGAGGAAGCUGCCAAGAGGAUCUGGAUGGUGGACUCAAAAGGCCUCAUUGUGAAGGGAAGAGGCAACCUGAAUCAUGAGAAGGAGGAGUUUGCCCACGAUCACCCGCACCUGAAGACCCUGGAGGAGGUGGUUCAAACCAUCAAACCCACCGCCAUCAUCGGCGUGGCUGCUAUCGGAGGAGCGUUUACUGAGAAGAUAAUCAAAGACAUGGCUUCCUUCAACGAGAGGCCCAUCAUCUUUGCUCUCAGUAAUCCCACCAGCAAAGCAGAGUGCACAGCCGAGGAGUGCUACCAGCUCACAGAGGGUCGGGGCAUCUUUGCCAGUGGAAGUCCGUUCGACAAGGUGACGCUGGCUGAUGGACGCACCUUCUACCCCGGACAGGGAAACAACGCCUACGUGUUUCCCGGAGUCGCUCUGGGCGUGAUCGCCUGCGGCGUCCGCCACAUAUCUGACGACGUCUUCCUCACCACUGCUGAGGCAAUUGCUGACAUGGUAACAGAGGAACAUCUGGCCCAGGGGAGACUUUAUCCUCCUCUGAGCACCAUCAGAGAGGUCUCCUUAAAGAUAGCCGUGAAGCUUGUCAACUAUGCAUACAAAAACAACGUGGCCUCGCUUUAUCCCGAGCCGCAAGACAAGGAAGCGUUUGUGCUGUCUCACGUCUAUAGUCCAGAUUAUGACUCCUUCACGCUGGACACGUACAGCUGGCCUCAGGACGCCAUGAAUGUCCAGGACGUGUGAUCCCGCAGCACCGUCCACCCUCCGUCUCCCUCUGAAUGAAAUGAUGCUGCCGUGAUGUCACGCACAAUUUCUGUAUCGUCUCCAAACAUAUUUCACUAAUGAUUCUUAUGCUGUUUUGUUUUUUUUUCUCUCUUCGAUUGAUAGCUGUCCAGUGGUGAGUCAAACGCACAACGUGUUAAUGAUUUUAUGUCCAGUUUCCAGUGCUGUACUCGUAUUUAUCAGUUCUCUGAAUGUCAUGGCUGAGAAAAACACUCGAUAUCCACACAGCGGCCCAAGUGUUUCCUCUGUGACUCAAAGUCAGUUCUUUAGGAGAGGAAUCUGAGCUGGUGUGUGAGCAACAAAGCAGUGGUUCAUAUUGCAGCACAGUUGUUUUCUUCUCUAGACACAGAGGAACAGAGGACAUCAUUUAUGAAAGCCGUGUCUAAAAUAACCUCAGCGGAAAACUCUCCUUUGUGCCUCUUCCUGUGUGACCUCAGGGCAUCACUUCCUCCAGGUCCACCCAUCCGGUUGAUGGGUGGACGGCAGAGAACAGGCUCUCGUAUUAAAAAAAGCAGCUGCUCCUUCGUAGUUUACACUCCUGUCGGUGUUUGCACACGUUUGUCCAGAGACACAGACUCUUCACAUGGACUUGGACUUGACAAUUGACUGCAGUCUGUCUCAAAAAUAGACACUUGGACAUAUUUUGUUAUUCUCAUACAUCAACAGAAUCUUUUCUGUGUCUCAAUUUAAAUUAAAUUAAAUCACAAACCAAAAAUAUUCACUUUACUGUGACAGAAAUGAUGAAAACCAGAAAAUUCUCACACAAAAAAAGGUGACUAAUGUCAUAAGCAAUGUAAUGCUGCAUUAAUACUGUUCAUGGUAACAUUAUGCAGAUUCAACUCCAGUAGUACAUGGUAGAGAAACUCUAGUGUCAUUUGUGUUUCUGCAAAGUGUUUUUUUUUUUUAAAACAAUUGUAAAAAUAACUAGCUGGGACAUUUAUGACACUGAUAUCACAACUUUUCUUUUUACCAAUAAUAAUACCAGUCUGAUACAAUAUUAAAAAACACCUGAGCUGUUAAACUAAUAUUCUGCUUCCAAAAGUAAACAGACUAUUAAAAUGCUGCUGCUUUUGUAUUUGAACAAAUUUUCUUCUUUUAUCUUCAAACCAGUCCAAACGGCUGUCCUAAUCUACUUUUUCCUCUCUCUCUGAUAUCCGAUCCAGAGAGUUUGACUUUCACUGAUUCUGAUACCGAGUAUCUUAUUGGCUCAUCCCUUCUAUGAACUGGACUCGGACUCAUCCUCAAUGACUCAGGUAAUCAGGACUCGACUCGACUGGAGAAUCGACUCGGACUUGAGGGUCAGUGACUCGACUACAACACUGGAACCUGAACACUGCGCUGACAAACACUCCAGUUUCCCUCUUAGAAAAUCAGUUUUCUCAGUGAAACUGAGUGAAACCAUUAUAUUGUUUUUGGGUUUUUUUGUGGACACUUAAUGUGUGUUUUUGCUUUACUUUUGUACAGAGUUCAGCCUGUUGUGUUUCUGCCAAAGUUGUUAUUAUUAAUAAUAAAGUGUAUCUUACGUUAUACUCAUGAAGAAUACGAUGCUUGGUAAAGUUUUAGUACUGGGGGAUUGGUAGAAGUUUUCAAAAGGGAUAAAUAAACUUUUUAAGUAAA